UUUGCGGCGCACGCCAAGAAGCUGGAGACCACCAAGGAUGUGAAGGAGCGGCUUCAACUCGCCGUGGAGGUUCGCGACGCCAUCGAGGUGGUGAACUCGUCGUCCGAGUACCCGAAGUUCAUCGCCGCCUUCAUGCCCGCGCUCACCGCGGUUCUUGAGUCGACGCCGGCGCAGCUGUCCGACGGACCGGAGCACAAGCUGCGAAACACGACGCUGGAGAUUUUGAACCGCAUGCCGCACACGGAAGCGCUGAGGCCCUUCGACAAGCAGGUGCUCAAGCUCGCGAUGGACGCUCUCAAAGCCGAGAAUGAGGAAAACGCCCUCAUCUGCCUGCGCAUAAUCUUCGACCUGCACAGGAACUUCCGCCCCAACCUCGAGUCCGAGGUGGCGCCGUUCCUGGAGUUCGUCUGCGACGUGUACAAGAACAUCGGAGACACCGUCAAGGAGGUGUUCGGCGACGAGGGCGCCGCGAAGCCGGCGAAGGAGGCGCCCGCGGCUUCGGCGACGCCGUCGACCAAAUCGUUCAAGGUGAUGACCGAGUGCCCGCUGAUCGUCAUGCUGCUGUUCCAGCUGUACAGCCGGCUCAUACCGCUCAACAUCCAGACCCUGCUCCCGCUCAUGGUGCAGACGAUCGGGCUGAAGGGGCCCAAGCCCGACGACGUUCCCGCGCACCUUCGCGCCGCUUUCGGGGAUCUGAAGGGAUCGCAGGUGAAGAUGGUGUCCUUCGUGACGUACCUGCUCAGGGGGUACGCCGAGGCCAUCCAGCCUCACCAGGAGGCCAUAUCGCAGUCCAUCGUGGACCUACUUCGAUCGUGCCCCGACAACGUGGCGACGCGCAAGGAGCUGCUCGUGGCGACCCGCCACGUCCUCUCCGCGCAGGAUUUCCGGAGGGGUUUCUACACCCAUCUGGACGCGCUUCUCGACGAGGAGGUUCUCAUCGGCACCGGUCGCGCGUGCUACGACGCGCUCCGGCCGCUGGCGUACUCGUUCCUCGCCGAGCUCGUGCACCACAUGCGCCUGGAGCUGACUCUUCCGCAGAUUCGACGGACGGUGUACGUGUUCAGCCGAAACGUCCAGGACAACUCGCUCCCGCUGUCGAUCCAGAUGACGUGCGUGCGGCUGAUGCACCACCUCGUGGAGAGCAUCUUUCGCAGGCGGAACGACCCGGCGCAGGCGCAGGAGGCGCGGGCGAACCUCAUCCGCAUCCUCGACACCACGGUGUCGAAGUUCAGGACGGUCCGGCCGCAGGUCAAGACGCUGCUCGAAAACGCCAAAGCGGCGGAGGCGGCGGAGGCGCGUGCGAUCACCCCCACGGAGGCCAUCAAGCGCCUCGCGGACACCAAGGCGCUGGUCAAGACCCUCGUCAUCGGCAUGAAGACGCUGCUCUGGUCCGUGACCAACUUUUUCGGUCAGCAGAGCCAGCAGAUGCAGAUGGGCGCGGGAGGACCCGCGCCCGUCAAGGGUUUCCGCGAGGGCGAGCUCCGCCGCGCGUCGGGCUUUGUCGCCAACGGCGUGCGGUGCCUCGCGCUCUUCCAGGGCACCGAAUGCGCCGAGAUGUGCACGCACUUCGCCGAGGCGCUCGCGGUUCUCGACCCGAGAAACUUCGUCGACGUCAUCUGCCUCCGAAUCGAUAACCUCCUCGGCGGCGGCGAGCCGUACGAGCUCGCGCCCAUGGUCCAACUUCCCCACCUGCUGCUGCAGUCCAGCGCGCUGGGCAGGAGCUUCGCGGACGCGCUGGCGACCCACCUCGUGCGGGACAGGCUGGGCGCUCUGGCCGAGCCCGCGUCUCCGCAGUCGCAACUGGUCCUCAAGCUCUUCUCGCUCCUGAUGCACGCGGUGUCCAAGUACUCCUCCUGCGAGGCGGUGCUCUCGCCCCACGUGGUGACGCUCGUGGAGUCGUGCCUCAAGGCUGUGAAGGAGGUUGACGACCCGAGCGCGUACGUGAGGCUGCUCAGGUACCUGUUCCGGGCGCUGGCGCAGGCGAAAUUCGACCUGCUGUACCGCGAGGUGGUGCCCGUGCUUCAGCCGUGCCUCGACACGCUGCUGACCAUGUUGCACGGCCCGGACACGCACGAGCUGAACGACACGAUCGUGGAGCUGUGUCUGACGCUGCCGGCGAGGCUGUCGUCCAUCCUGCCGCACCUUCCGCGGCUGGCGCAUCCCCUGCUCAGGGCUCUCAAGUCCACCAGCUCGGAGCUCCAGCUGCUCGGUCUGCGAACGCUCGAGUUCUGGGUCGACUCGCUCAACCCCGAUUUCCUGGAUCCGUGCAUCGCGGAGGUGGAGCCGCAGCUCAUGCUGGCGCUGUGGGCGCUGCUCAAGCCCCAGCAGAGCGGCGCUCCCUUCGGCGCUAAGGCUCUCCAGAUGCUCGGCAAGUUGGGCGGUCGAUCGCGGUGCUUCCUUCGCGAGCCCCUCGAGCUCGAGGCGAAGCAGAACCCCGAGCACGGCCUCCGCCUCAUCCUCACGUUCAAGCCCGAGACGUCGUUCCUCGUGCCGCUGGACCGGUGCAUCCAGCUGAUGCGGACCAUCCUCCAGGCGCCGCCAGUUCCCAACCUCAAGGGCGCGGAGGCGCUCGUCGAGCACCGCAGGCGGGCGCUCGCGUUCCUCAGGACCUGCCUCGCGUCCGUGCUGAACCUCGGCGCCGGUCUGGCGAGGACGGGCGCGGGCGAGGAGGAGGUCAAGCGCGCGCUCGAGGGCGUCAAGGACUCGCAAACGAAGCCAAAUGAGGGCGAGAAGGAGAAGCCAAAGCCCAGGGCGCAGCUGGGCAACAAGACAAAAACGCAGCUCGAAGCCGAGCGCGCGGUGUUCCGGCAGCUCCUCGUCGCCGUCGUCGCCGCCGAGGCGGACCCGACGCUGAAGGAGGCGAACGACGGGUUCGUCGACGCCGUCGCGGAGCACUUCGCCAUGCUGUUCGUGUCGGGCGUGGCGCCCCUGCAGCCCGGCGGCAGCGGUCGGUCGGGCGCCGCCGUCGCCGCCGCGAAGCGCGCGAAGAGGGCCGCGGCGUCCCUGCGCCAGCUGGACGCCACCAUCUUCCUCGACGCUCUCAUGGACGCGCUGGAAUCCGGCAAGAGGCCUCACAUGAAGGCGGCCCUCCACGCGGUGCAGACGUUCAUCGACGGCGUGAUGACCCUCGCUUGCGAUUCCGCCGUCGCGGGCGUCUCCGAGGAGGAGGCUGAGCAGGCCAAGGAGGCGGCGUCCGCCGCCGCGGCGCUCGUCGUCCCGAUCCCUCCGGCGCUCAAGGCGCUCGUCGCCGAGCUCCUGCCGCGUCUCACGCACGCGUGCUUCCAGAAGAACUGGCAGGCUACCGUCGGCGGCGUCGCGGGCAUCGACGCCCUCACCCGCGUCCUACCAAUCUCUGCGCUGCGAGCGACCCUUCCGAAGAUUACGCAGGCGCUGCUCAGCGCGCUGCAGUUGCUCCCGCCGCACGCCGUCGCGGAGGUGGCGGUCGCGACCAGGGUGUUCCACCGCGUGCUCGAGGCUGCGACGCCCGAGGGUGUGGACAUACGCGGCGAGGACGCGCCCCCCGGCGUGGAAGCCGCCGUCGCCGUCCUCUCCGAGGAACUCUUCUCCACGACUUCGUCGCCCACCGUCCGCCCCGUGGUGGAGGCUGCCGUGAUGGGCCUCAGCAAACGAAGCGGCCUGGACGUGAACAAGGUGCUCGACGUCAAGCCUGCGCACGCGCAAGCGCUGCUCGCCCGGCCGCUCCGGUCCAAGCACGUCAACGUUCAGACUCAGGUUGUGCACAUCGUCAACUUUUGUCUCUCGGCGAGGCCCGCGCCGAUCAUGAGCGUCAACGCGCAAACCGUGGGUUUACUCCAGGAGGCUCUGGUGGUGGCCGAGAACGACGACCCCAACACGUUCAAGGGCGGGCCCGGCGCGGCUGAUUCUCUGCACGCGCUGCGAGCCGCGUGCAUCCGUCUGAUCUGCUCCGCCAUGGCGCACCCCGAGCUCAAGACGCCACCCGCGGGCCAGGAGCAGCUCGCGCAGCUCAGGCAGAGGAUAAUCACCAUGUUCUUCAAGUCGCUCACCUCGCGAAACGCGGACAUCGUGGAGAUCGCGAAGCAGGGACUCAAACGGGUGAUCCAGCAGCAGUCGCUGUCCAAGGAGCUCCUGCAGUCGUCGCUUCGCCCGAUCCUCGUCAACCUGGCGCACUACAAGAACCUCACCAUGCCGCUGCUCGUGGGCUUGGAGAGGCUCCUCGAGCUGCUCAGCAACUGGUUCAACCCGACGCUCGGCGAGAAACUCCUCGAGCACCUUCGCCGAUGGCUGGAUCCCGAGCAGAAGAUGGCUCCAGGCGGCCAGCAGCAACCCCGCCCGGCGCCGAAGGACUUCAAGAUCGCCGCGGCCAUGAUCAACCUCUUCCACCUACUGCCGCAGGCCGCGAGCAAGUUUUUGGAGCAGCUCGUGAUGAUGACGGUGUCGCUGGAGCGCGCGCUCCCGCAAAACGGGGUGCACUCCGAGGUCAACUCGCUCUACCGCAAGCCCCUGUGCAAGUUCCUCAGCAGGUACGCGCCCCAGGCGGUGGACUUCUUCCUCGCCAAGCUGGCGCAGGGGCCGUUCUUCUUCAGGUUCAUCGACAUGAUCCGAAUGGAGAAGGAGGGCGAGAACCUCCGCGAGGAGCUCGCCAAGUCGGCUUCGAAGAUCGCGGCGGCGGCGUUCACUUGGCCGCACCCCAGCUCCGGCGACCCGGCGUCUAACGCCGCCGAGGGUCUCAGCGGCGUCGGCGGCGGGAGCGACCUCAACGCGUACAACGGCCUUAAGCUCAUCGUGGUGCUCGCGAAGCGCAUGCCGGACUGGUUAUCGUCGCAGCCCGACCUGGUCAAGGCGCUGUGGCAGCGGUGGAACAGCGACGCGAGAAAAGCCAGGCUCAAGAGCGAGGAGGCGCUCGCGCUUCCCGAACUGCUCGAGUCGAAGCAGCUUGUCAAGUGCUUUCUCAACGUCGCCGCGCACGACCGCACGCGCGUCGCCUACCUCUUCGACAUCCUCACGAUCUUCUCGGCGAGGUCCCGCGUGGACUUCACGUUCGUGGAAGAAUUUUACAAGGAGGAGGUUGCGGUGAAGUGGUCUCCCGAGGAGCGGCACGCGGUGAUCGUCCACUUCCUGGAUUGCUUCAAGGAGAGGUCGCUGGAGGUUCCCGAGCUCGUCAACGCGCUCAAGCUCAUCGUGCUGCCGGUGCUGGAGCACACGCUCAAGGACGUCGCGGUCGACGCCGACAAGAUGGAGGAGGCGAAGCAGGUAAUCACCGAGGAUGUCGUUCACACCAUCGUCAUGGACGUGUUGGAGACGGCGGAUGACGAGAGCUCGCCGGCGCACGCGGACCCCCUGAGGAUUCAGCUCCUGCGCAUGGGCACGCUGCUCAUCCGCAACCUCCCCGACGAGCUCGUGCGACACCGCAAGGAGCUCAUCAAGUUUGGUUGGAACCACCUCAAGUCCGAGGACGUCGGCAGCAAGCAGUGGGCGUUCGUCAACGUCUGCCACUUUUUGGAGGCGUACCAAGCUCCCGAGAAGAUUGUGCUCCAGGUUUUCGUCGCCUUGCUCCGCGCGUGCCAGCCGGAGGCUAAGGAGCUCGUGCGACAGGCGCUCGGCGCCCUUGUUCCCGCGCUGCCCAAGCGCCUGCCCCAGGGCGAUCACAAGUACCCGAUCUGGAUCCGCUACACCAAGAAGAUCCUCGUCGAGGAGGGCCACUCGAUGCCCGCGCUGAUUCACGUCUGGAACCUGAUUCACACGCAGGAGUCGCUGUUCUUCCCGAGCCGCGCGCAGUUUGUGCCGCAGAUGGUCAACUCGCUCUCGCGGCUCGGCCUGCCCUCCUCCUCCCCGACCGAGAACAGGGUGCUCUCGAUCAAGCUGGUGGAACUCAUCCUGCGGUGGGAGGAGCGGCGCAAGCGGCUCAAGGCGGAAGCCGCCGAGAAGGGCGAGGGCGACGACGAGGACGACGAGGACGACGACGGCGAGGACGAGCAGCCCAAGAAAUCCCCUCGAGCGGGGUCCAAGCGCGGCCGCGACGCGGAUACCCGCUCCAAAAAGGAGGAGCCCAUCCUCCCCGAGUCGGCGGAGAAGGGCGACGCGGACAUGGCCGACGUCGAGGACAUCGACAUCGGCGACGGUAAAUCCGACAAGGAUAAAGCCGCGCCCGCGCCCGCCGCGGACGUGGACGAUUUCACCCCGACGCCCGCCAUGGAGGAGAUCCUCGUCAACUUCCUCGUGCGCAUGUCCUUCCUCACCGGCGAGGCGAAGGACAGGGAGAUGGUGGCGUUACACCAGCGCGCCGUGACGCUGCUGAAAAAGUCGCUUCGCACGUGGCCGCACGUCAACAUCAAGUUUGCGUUCAUCGAGAAGCUCCUCGCGUCCGCCACGAACGGCGCGGAGGACGCGACGAGGACUCUGCCCACCGGCCUCGGCAUCUUCAACAUCGCGCUCGAGUGCGGCGUCACCAAGUUUGUCAGCGGCAACGCCCCGCAGCUCGCUCAGAUGCUAGAGCCGUGCUUCAACAGUCGGCGAAAGUCCACGCACGACGCGCUCGCCAAGGCGCUGGCCAGGGCGAUGUUCCCGGCGGAUAAGCCCCUCGCGGGCGCCGUCGAGGACGAAUCCGGCCGGUCGGUUCCCCCCGCCGAGGUGAAACUCCUGCAGCACAAGCUCGACGAGCUCUGCGCCAAGCACGUCGCGUCGGCCAUCACGGGUAACCCCGCGCUGCCAAACGUUCAGGCGCCAAACCCGUCUCUCGCGUGCGUCCUCGCGUGCAUCGCCGCCCUCGCCGAGCGCCAGCGUCGCAUCGUGGACCGAUACCUGCCCCACCUCAUCAAGCUGCUGUCCAGGCUCACGCACGAGCUCAACGCGGCGUCCGCGGCUGGCGCGGUGCCGCAGCAGCAGCCCGCGCGGGCGCUACCCGGCCAGAGCCCCGCGGUUCCCGUGCCGGACUACGGCUCCGUGGCGCACUGCAUGGCGGCGUGCGUGCGACUCAUCGCGUCCAGGGUCAUCCCCGCGGGCGGCGAGCACAAGCAGCUCUUCCUCAGGAUGCUCCUCCAGCUCAUCAACGAUCAGGCGACGCACGGCGCGGUUCUCAUGGCGACGUUGGACGCGCUCAAGGGAUGGGCGGAGGACGCCGUGGCGGGAGCGCCCCCCGGAGCCGUGGGCGCCGCGGCGGCCAUCCCCGCGGGCCUCGAGACGGUGCUCUUCCUCUCCAAGCUCGCGCACCUGACCCGCAUGGGACGCGAGGUGACGCAGACGGCGGAGUGGGAGGAGAAGCUGCUGGGCACGCUGUACGCGCUGUGCGCCGCGGAGGGCCACCACGACAUGGCCCUGCGCCAGGAGGUUUUCAGCAAGGUUGAGCGCAACCACCUCCUCGGACUUCGCAGCCGUCGACCCGACCUGCACGGUAAGUUCUUCAAGCUGUACGACGGAGCCGUCGGGAAGUCUCUCUUCCACCGCCUCCAGUACAUCCUCGCGGGACAGGAGUGGGACGCCAUGGCGGACACGUUCUGGCUCAAGCAGGGCCUGGACCUCAUCCUCUCCACGCUGGCGGAUGAGGAUCACAUCACGCUGGCGCCCAACAGCGCGCAGUGCCCGCCGCUGCUGCCGGUGAACCCGACCGAUCCAAAGGCCGAACCGCCCAAGCCGCCGGAGAAGAAACCGAGCGGGUACGGCACGCCGAACGAGAAGACGACGGAGAUGCUGGCGAGGCACGCCGCCUUCGUGACGAAGAUUGGCGCGCUCAGGGUCAAGGACCUGGUCGGCCCGCUCCGAGAGGUGGCGACUCGCAACGCGCACAUGUCGUAUUACCUGUGGGUGCUCAUAUAUCCCAUCGUGUGGGCGACGCUCCAGCGCGAGGAACAGAUGCAGCUCGCCAAGCCGAUGAUCGCGCUCUUAUCCAAGGAGUACCACCAGAGGCAGGCGGCUGUUCGUCCCAACGUGGUGCAGGCGCUGCUGGAGGGCAUCUCGCUGUCGCAGCCGCAGCCGAAGAUUCCGAGUGAACUCAUCAAGUUCCUCGGUAAGACGUACAACGCGUGGCACAUCGCCGUGGCGCUCCUGGAGAACCACGUGGUCCGCUACCCGCAGGAGGCGAGGUGCUUCGACGCGCUCGCGGAGCUCUACAGGCUCUUGGGCGAGCAAGACGCUCUGGUCGGGCUGUGGCGGCAGCGGUGCAACAGCGACGUCACCCGCGCCGGUUUAGCGCUGGCGCAGCACGGGCACUGGCAGGAGGCGAACGACGUGUUUUUCCGCGGCAUGCAGCGCGCGUCCGCCGGUCAGGUGACCGGCGUGACCAAGACGGAGCUGUGCCUGUGGGAGACGAACUGGCUCCAUAGCGCUAAACAGUUGAAUCAGUGGGAGCUCGUGGCUGACUUCUCGAGGUCGGUGGAGCACACCGAGAUGCAGCUGCACUCGCUGUGGAGGAUGAACGACUGGGUCGGGCUCAAGGACCUGCUACCCCAGUCGCCCGCCACGUCGGAGGUUGAGGAGACGCCCGAGCUUUGCAUCAUCCGCGUGUACUCCGCGCUCAACAGCGGGCGCGUCACCGAGGCUGAGCAGUACUGGAAGCAGGCGGUGAAGCUCCUGCUGGACCGCUGGUGGAAACUGCCCGAGACGGGCGCGGCGGCGCACAUCCCCGUGCUUCAUUCCUUCCACGUCAUGGUCGAGCUGCAGGAGUCGACCCGCAUCUUAGUGGAACUCUCCAACGCGCAGAGGCCGCAGCACCAGAACCCGGGGCACUGCCGCACGCUCAUCCAGGACGUGAUGGAGACGUGGAGGCUCCGAACCCCCAACCGCUGGGACCCCGUGCCCUGGUGGAACGAGGUUCUAUCCUGGCGCGGGUACAUGUACGGCAUCAUCGCAACCGCCGCGAAGUCCUUGAUGGAGAUUCACCCGCAGCUGAUGCACCAGGGCCACCAGCUCGACCAACUCGGCCUGAGGGACCGCGCCUGGGGCAUCAACAAGCUCGCGGGCACCGCGCGGCACCAUCGCAUGGGCGAGGUCGCCAACAUCGUCCUCACCAAGCAGCAGCGGCACAUCGAGGUGCAAGAAGCCUUCUCGAAGCUUCGCGAGCAGAGCAAGGCGUGCCUCGAGAUGGAGGGCGAGACCAUCACCGGUCUCAACGCGCUCGAGGGAACCUCGCUGGACUUUUUCCACACGCACCACAAGGCUGAGCUGUUCAGACUCAAGGGCCUCUUCCAGGAGAGGAUGGGCGACGGCGACGGGGCGCACCAGUCCUACGCCACCGCCCUCUCGCUCUGCAAGCAGCUGAGCAAGGCGUGGAUCACCUGGGGCGAAUUCUGCUCAAGGCAGACGACGCAGGCUGCCACCGCGGCGGCGGCUGCCGCCGCCGCCGCGGGCGCCACCGGUGCCAUCGCCCCCGUCACCGCCGCCGACGAGGACGGCGCGCGAUGGGUGGAGUACUGCGCCACCUGCUACCUCCAAGCCGUCAAGCACGGCCCGCAGCGUCACCGCCACGAGCUCGUCAACGUCCUCCACCAGCUCGCCUUCUCCGACCACACCAACGCGGUGGGCAGGGCGCUGGAGAAGCACCUGGACGCGGUGCAGCGCUGGGUGUGGAUCCCCUUCGUGCCGCAGCUGCUCCUCUCCCUGCUCCACCGCGAGGCGCCUCACGCCAAGGCGCUCCUGCUCAGGCUCGCGCAAGGGCACCCCCAGGCUAUGUACUGCCCGCUGCGCACGUUUCUGCUCGAGCGAAGGGAGGCGGCAACCCGGGUGACGCAGACGGCCAGGCAGCUCGCCGCAAAGGCCCAGGAGAGCGGGGCGGCGGCGCAGAAGGCCCAGGGCGAGGACGCCGCGUCCGAGGCGACCCGCGCAGCCGUGGCCCAGGCCAAGCAGGACCAAGCCGCGGCGAAGGCUUCGGCUCAAGCCGCGGGCGAAGCCACCGUCGCUUUCGAGGGCGCCAAGGAGGUGAUGGAGCGUUUGCGUCACAAACACUCGCACCUGGUCACCGAACUCGAGGUGCUCCUCUCGGAGCUGGGCGCCAGGUUCGCGUCUUCCCCCGAGGAGCGCCUGCUCGUGGUGGUCUACACGCUGCUGCACAGGUGCUACAAGUAUCCAACGGCCACCACCGCGGAGGUGCCGGCGAGCUUCAAGAAGGAGCUCACGGGCGUCUGCCGCGCGUGCUUCAGCGCGGAUACCUCCACGAAACACGCGGAUUUCGUCGCCGAGUACAAGGCUGACUACGAGCGGGAUCUCGACCCGGAGCAGCCCACGUUCCCGAGCCGACUGAGCGAGCUGAUCGAGCGGCUGAAGCGGUGGAAGAGGACGCUUCAGGCGGACGUCGAGGAUCGCCUUCCCGCGACGCUUCGACUGGAAGACGAAUCGCCGCAGCUGCGCGGCAUGCGUUUCGUCGACGUGGAGGUGCCCGGGCAGUACAGCGGCGACGCGGAGCUCACCUCCACCACCAGCGGCCUCGUCAAGCUGGAGAGGAUCAGCUGCGACGUCCACGUCGUCAGGCGACACGGAAACUCGUACCGAUGCCUCACGUUUCUCGGCGCCGACGGCUCCGAGAAGCGCUUCCUCGUGCAGACGUCGUUAACCCCCGCGGCGAGGGGCGAGGAGCGCAUGCUGCAGCUGCUCGGGUCCCUGAACGCGUCACUUUUACACCACGUGGAGACGAGGCGCAGGGGUCUCGCCUAUUACACCCCAGCCGUCGUACCGGUGUGGCCGCAGGUGAGGCUCAUGGAAGACGACGCCGCUCACUGCACGUACGGCGAAGUGUACGAGAUCAACUGCGCUCGGUACGGGCGCGAGGCGGAUCUGCCCAUAUCGCUUUUCAAGCAGGCGCUCGACGACGCGGUGACGGGUAAGGUGACGGGUCCGGAGGCUGUCCUGGACCUUCGACUGAAGGCGUUUAGCGACAUCGCGCAGAAUCACGUCACCGAGAACAUCUUCUCGCACCACAUGUACAAGACGCUGCCCACCGGGUCGCACCUGUGGACGUUCAAGCGGCAGCUCACGCACCAGCACGCGCUGUCGUGCUUCGUCUCCGCGCUCCUGCGCCUCGGCGGGCGGACCCCGCAGAAGAUCAUGUUCGCCAAGAACACCGGACGGGUGUUCAUGCUGGACUUUCACCCCGCGUUUGACAGCAAGGGAAUCACCGAGUUUGUCGAGCCCGUGCCCUUCCGCCUGACUCGCAACCUCUACACCUUCUUCACCCCGUUCGGCGUGCGCGGCGACUUCGUCGCGGCGAUGGCCGCGGCGGCUCAGGCGAUGUCCGCGCCGGGCGCCAACAUCGAGACGCAGAUGAUGCUCUUCUACCGCGAUCAGCUGAUGGUCUGGCCGUGGCGGAGGAUGUCGGGCGCGGGGCCGCAGGCGCUCCUCGGGCCCACCCCCGCGGACGUUCGGGUGAUGGCUCGAGCCAACGUGGACGAGGUGAUGAAGCGGCUGCCGUGCAUCACGCCCAACCCGCCGAGGAUGAUGAACGCGGACCACCUCACGAGCGUGCAGAAGGGCGUGAUUCACCUGGUGGAGGCGUCCAUCAACCCGAAGAACCUGUGCCGACAGGAGCCAACCGCCAUGCCCUGGCUGUAGACUCCCGAAAACCUCUGAUGACGGAAGGGUUAAUCGAAACGUUAGUAGCACUCACGCGUAGUUUUGGCUAUCGCAGUAUCAUCACAUUUCAACGCAUCGUUUAUGAACACGCCGCGAACGUAGACUACGCAUCAUCUCGCCCUCUGUCUGGCGAGCGCCUCCUCCGAGAGCCUGCGCCAGUCCGACUUGAAUAUGAAGGCGUACGCGAUCAUCAGCUCGACCAACGCCGCCGCCACCUGGUACAAGUACACAUCCUCCAGCGUCGCUCCCCUCACGCACAGCACAACCACCGCGACGCCGCCUAUGGAAAGCGGUAUAUCCACCGCGAAGGAGAGGAACGUGACGAGCAUCUGCCGCCCUUGGCCGCUGAACACGCCCCCGGUGCACAGCGAGUUGAGCACGCCGAGGAUCGUCGCGGCGAGCGCCGCCGGCAGCACCCUCGCCGCGUUCUUCACCACGGUUCCGUCGGAGGUUGUCAACCCCACCGUCUCGGACGUGAACGGCAACACGCACGCCGCGACACACGCGAGCAACCCGAACACCAGCGCGGUGCUGACCCAGAAGGAGUCCCUCGCCGCGGCGCCGUCGCCUCUGCCGAGGUGGUACCCCACGCGGACGGCGAUGACCAUCGAGAACAUCGCGUUGACCGCACCCGCCCACACGACGGUGGCGGUGCUCACCGACGUCGUCGCCGCGACGGCGUCGGUGCCGAGCCUGCUCACCAGCAGCGUCGUCGCCUGUCCCACCACCGCGCCGAACACCAGGGUGCCCACCAGGGGCAGACCCUGCUUGAGAAACUCGAGCGUCCUCGCCUUCGUGUGUUCCGAUCGCUUCCAACCCGGCCAAAAAUCCAGGUGCUCCUUUCGCCACACGAACAUGUACAGCCAGUACGCGAGGGGCUGGAGGCACCGGCUGAAGCUCAGCGAGAUCGCCGCGCCGAUGAAGCCGAAGCCGCGCCAGCCCUCGACGCACCUGUCCGGGUCGCGCCAGUCCCACCCGCACACCCUCGCGUGGCGAAGCGGUCCGCCAAAGACGAAGAACCAGUUGAGCAGCGCAUUGACGAAGAGGAAGAAAACGGAGUUGUACAUCGCGGGCCGCGGCUUGCCCACCGCCUGGAAGUAGAAGCGCAUGCACUGGUACCACCCGUUUGGGAUGGGCCAGAAGACGUUCCAUCGCGCGUAGGAACCCGCGAGCUCG